AUGUCGGCGGGGCGGCGGCUGCCGGGCUGGUGCGGGCUGUGGGCCCUGCUGUGGGGCGGCGCGGGGGGCUACGUGGUGGUCAGCUCGGUGUCCUGGCCGCUGCCCGAGACGGCGGCAGGGGCGGACGAGCUGCACAGCUCCUCCACCGAAGAGGCGCUUCCCGCGCUGCUGGAGGAGGCGGGCGGCCUCUGGAAGCAGAGCUACCCCGCGUCGGCUUAUCGGGAGGACGCGGCGCUGGGCUCCGGACCGGCGGGGCGGCAGCCGGGGCAGGGGGCCGCCCCCUCCAGGAUGUUCUCCUACCGACGGGAGGGCGGCGGGGCGCCGGGACGCGCCGGGACCGCCCGCUUCCUCGCCCGCUACAACACCUGGGGCUUCGUGGCGACGCGGGCCGCCCACGGAAAGAUCCAAGGUAUGCCCUAUGGGAACUGUUUACUUCUCAGCGACGGUCCUGUCAAUAACAGCACUGGAAUCCCUUUCUUCUACGUGACGACGAAGGAUAACACCGUGGCAGAUCUCCUGAAGAAUCCCAUGGCUUCUCUGACUCUGCCAGAGGCAGAUGGAAAUUUCUGCAGAAAAAAUUUAAUUGAUCCAGAGGAUCCAAGGUGUGCCAGGCUGACUCUCAUGGGACAGAUGGUCACAGUGCCUCCGGAGGAAGUGGAAUUUGCCAAGCAAGCCAUGUUUUCCAGGCACCCGGUGGUAAGAAAGUGGCCUCGCAGCUAUGAGUGGUUCUUCAUGAAAAUGAACAUUGAGCACAUCUGGCUUCAAAGCUGGUAUGGUGAAGUUUCUGCCAUUGCAGUAGAAGAGUAUUUAAAAGCAGUUCCAAGUAAGGGAUGAUGGAAUGGACUUUGAGAUAGACAUCUUCUGAGUUUCCUUUCAAAACACUUAAAAUUUCAUGCUGGAUGGUUACUUUACAGUGAUUUUUUUUUUUCCCCAGAAGGUUUCAAAAUAGCCCUGUCUUACAGAGUGAAAAUAAACCAACACAGACUUUCAAAUUACAAAGGAGAGGUGGAUACUAGCCCUACCCUGCAAUGUACAAAGUUGUCAUUUCAAACAGGCAAUGCAUCAUCUUGAAUGCUGCUUAAAAAUGCUUUGUAUUUGUAUACUUUUAUUGCUGUUCACCCAUAGGGAAACAACUGUCUAUGCUAAAUAUAAUGUCCUGAUUUACAGAAAAAGCAAAUUGCCUACUCAGAACCUUCUAUGCAUUGUGAAAGUAUUACUGCUGUUUGGUCUUUCUUGAUUUAUAAGUACUUGAAGAUAACGGCUGCAAAUGGUGGUAUUUAAGGUUUUUAAAAAUAUUUUGCUAAAGCUGUACUCACUUGCUAACUUGUAUUUUCUACAUGUGCUUUUCCCCAAUUAUCUAAUUUGAUAUUUCACUUGGAAAUUGAGUAGAAAUUCCUUUUUAUUGAAAAAAAAUGCAAGCAGCUCGAACAACAUGGCUCCAGUAUAACUUGUCUCUCACUGACACAACUUGGCUCUCACUGGUUAAAUACGUUGAGGUCCCAAGCCAAGUCAGCUCCACAAGGAAUAUUCCAAUACAAAUAUAAAUAUUCUCAUAAGAAGAAUUUAAGUAAAUGUUCUCAGCUAGACUACUCCUGUUAUGAGACAGGAAAAGUAUUUUUUAAUACAUUUUAUGUUUAACUCACUUUUGCAAGUGAUUUUUGGAAAUCAUCACUAACUCACCUAGGGGUGGAGCCAGUACCUUAAUUCUGUUUCCUCACCAAGUUUUAAAGGGCUUGUUCAUUCAUUUAUUUUUCAAAGAAGCCUAAAAAUAGUAGAUAUUGCAAGCCAUGAAAACUAAUUUUCCUCGUGUGAAAAGUGCAAACUCUGUUGCAAACAAUUCUGAAUAGACAUCUCAUGUGAUAAUACCAAAAGAAUUCAAAGGUAUUUUAUUCACCGUCAGCCCUUUCUCUAGAUGCUCCGGUAAACUCACUUUGCAGUUCCCAAGGGUAUCACAGCACAAGGGUAUCACAGAAAGAAAGGUCCCAUGGCUGACCAGCCAAGUCAUUACACAGUUUGCAGAUUAGACAGCUGGUCUCCCUGUUACAUCAAGAAACAGACACAUUGCAGUGGGGUUUCUGUGCCUGUGGAGAAGGUCUUCCAGGAUUCCGGGGAGGGCACCAGAGCUCUGGACACCACCUAGCACCACUGCCGAGCUGAGGAGCAGGAGCCUGGGUCCCUGACGAGUGACCUGAGCUUGUACGGGUUUAUCUCCAGGCAGAUCUGAGAGACAACUGCAUGAGCUAUGACCAGCUGGAAGCAUAUGAAGUACAGCUGAGCUUAUUUUGAUUCAGUGCUGGAGAGAGGGAGUCAUCCCCAGAGUGGAAUCGGGCACCAUGCUGGUUUAACUACCAAGGGCCACUCAGGCCUUCCUUGAGUUCAAGGCUCUGGGCUUUGUUACCAUUCUGGAUAUUCUGUCAGAAUCACAGAGAAAUGCAGAGGGAAAACUUUGUUUAGACAUUUACAAGCAUUUCUUUUUCUUGUUUCAUUGCCAGACACUCAGGUUAGCAGUGCAGAUGUUUUGCAGAGGUAAUUACACAGAAGGAGGAUGUGUCCUGCCUCAAUCAAUUUCCUUUUUUUUCUUUUUUCUUGGCAGAUGUGCAGCAUAUUCCCUCUUGCACUGUGUAGCACUUAAGCCAAAUGAGCAAUCCUUCAGAUUUAUAGAAUACUAUCAAAUGAAAUCCUCCUCAAUUAAUAAAUUUUGCCAUGGAGAGCUUUGUCCACUAUGGAUUUGAUACUUUGCCCACUGGGAUUAAUGAGACUUUCAAAAUUGAGCUGAAGAGGCAGAGCACUAGACCCUGUAAGGGAAUCUUCACAGGUCCAACAUUUCUGUGCAACUUUAAUUACAAUUUCAUUAUCCCAGUUCAAUACUAUUCUCAGAGAAACCAGGACUGCCUAUUCUCUCCCCUACCCCUAAACACACACACAGAUAGAUUAAGCAAAUCCAGUGUACAAGCUUAAUGUUUAAACAAGCUGAAGAAGAGAGGAAGAAUUUUAGAAAUGCUGCUUUUACUAUACUCCCAAUUUCACUUACAUCCUUAGCCUGGUAACAGUGACGUGGUCCUAUGUGCUAUAUAUUAACUUACUAUGUGCUAUAUAUUAACUGCCUUUAAGCAGUUAGGGAUUGUACCAAUGAUGUUCAGUAAAGUUUUAACUGGUUAAGAAGUUAAGUGUGCUCUAAGCAAGGUUGGGAAUUCACAAUACUCAGCUUGCUAUAGGCUGCCUCCCUGCACAUCUGGAUUAAUUAGAGUAGCUUCUGUAUUGUAAAUUGGCACACUCAUCAAGAAGCUUUUCUUUCAGGACCUGCCAUGAGGCUCUUGACAGAACCUGAAAACAUGAAACAGCAAUAGCAGGUGAGGUGCCAUCACUUAACUCACCUGUUCUCACUUCAUGCUUCCUUCUCCCAAGGAACCGCUACCAUAAAAGUCUUUGAAAGUUUGUAGAAAUUAAUCAAAAAUGCAACCUGCAGGUUUUGAAUGGAAUUUUCUGGAGCAAAAUAAGAGGAGGAGAUGGUAGUUUGCUUAAUUGGUCUUUACAUGAUUUAUGAUAUACUAGUUCCAGGUUUCUUUAAACUGACAAAUGUCUCAAGUGAUAUUGUUAAGCACAUGGUAAGUGAUGUUUGUUAAAGCUUUUAACCCAAAGGUUGCUAUUGAGAUACCAUAAUAAAAUAGUAGUUCCUUGAGACUAUAAGGGGUCUCAUCUUGCUUCAGUUCAAGUAAAUAGCAAAAAGCCUAUUUAUUUGUUGUGCUUUAUUUAUUAGCUUAAGCAUUUCAACUACUGAUGUGUAAUUUAUUUCCACGUGUUCUGUAUUUUAGUUAUUUCUGUAGCUUCCCCAAAAAAGCCUGUUGUGCAACGUGUAUUAUUUAAAACUUUAACUGUGGUUUUGCAACAUUUAAGAGUUAUGUCUGUACACUUGCUGAAAAAAGGAAGACAAAGUUCUACAUUUGGAUUCUCACUUUUUGCUAACUUGUGCAAAUGUAAUGCAUGCACAGGAUUUAAGCACAGCUAGUUUAAACUGCUGUGCUUAUUUAACCAAAGAAUGCUCCAUUUCUGAUGAAAUGUUCAUCACCUCAGUUGAUGAAAUGCAAUCUGUCUCAUUUCGGGAUGUGUAUUACAAUUUGCAAUGUAUUUUGAUUUCUAAAGAUACUGAAUGUUAACAAAACAUCUAUCAAGAAGAAAUGCAAAUAAACAAAUUUCAAAGUGGAAA